UAUUUUAGAAUAUAUUUUUACUUUAUACAAUAUUUGAAGUAUUGAGAGGGUGUAAUGGAAAAUUUUGGAAGAAAGUGGAGUAAUUUGGAAUCAUUUUUGUCAACCACUGGGCCUUUUUCUAAUUCUCAAUAUGAAGCAAAUUCACAGAAUUUUAUGUUUAUGCGUGAUUAUAUAAAGAUUUUGGUUAUUGGUGCUGGUGGAUUGGGUUGUGAACUUUUAAAAGAUUUGGGUAUGAUGGGAUUCAAGCAUAUUCAUGUAAUUGAUAUGGACACAGUGGAACUUUCUAAUCUUAAUAGACAAUUUCUUUUCAGAAAAAAAGAUAUUGGUAAACCUAAAGCUGAAGUUGCAGCAAAUUUUGUUAACAAUAGAAUUAAAGGAUGUUGUGUGAUUCCUCACUUUUGCAAAAUUCAAGAUUUUGAAAGUAAUUUUUACAGAGGUUUCAACUUAGUAGUAUGUGGCCUAGAUUCAGUUGUGGCAAGAAGGUGGAUCAAUGGUAUGUUGUUAAGUUUAGUUAGUUACAAUAAUGAUGGUGAAAUUGACGUUACUUCUAUAAUUCCAAUGGUGGAUGGUGGUACAGAAGGAUUCAAAGGAAAUGCACGUGUAAUAAUUCCAGGAAAGACUGCAUGCAUCGAAUGCAACUUAGACUUGUUUCCGCAACAGAUAAACUACCCAAUGUGCACCAUAGCAGAAACACCGCGUCUUCCUGAACAUUGUAUUGAGUAUGUAAGAACAUUACUAUGGGGAAAUGAGAAACCAUUUGGAGAUGUUUGUGUUGAUGGUGAUGAUACUUCUCACAUACAAUGGAUUUAUGAGAAAGCAUCUAUUCGUGCAAGGCAAUAUGGUAUACAUGGUGUAUCCUUUAGACUCACACAAGGUGUUGUGAAACACAUAAUACCAGCAGUUGCCUCAACAAAUGCUGUAAUUGCAGCAAUUUGUGCUACAGAAGUUUUGAAGUUAAUUACUUUUUGCUACAAUCAUAUAAAUAAUUACAUUAAUUUCAAUGAUGGUCAAGGCGUUUAUACAUACACAUUUGAGGCUGAAAAAAAGGAUGAUUGUUCCGCUUGCAGUCAUAAACCUAUUCCGCUUAGUGUUGAUAUUAAUACCAACCUUCAAAACAUGAUUACUCUGCUUAAACAACAUCCUAGAUUCCAAUUGCUUUCUCCAUCUAUUACAUCAUGGGUUGAAGGAAAAAACAAAACACUUUAUAUCUCGAACAUUGAAUCUUUGGAGCAGGCAACUCGUCAAAAUCUGUCUAAGACACUAUUAGAGCUUGGCAUCACGUAUGGAUCAGAGUUACAAGUAACUGACAUUACAAGCCCUAAAGUGAUUUUAAUAACAAUAUCUGUUUAAAGUUGUGAUUUUAAUAACAAUAUCUGUUUAAAGCUGAAACUUUUUACAAUGUAAAUCUAAAAAACUAGCUACAAGCUGUAAAUAAAAUCUACUAAGUUAAUGAAAAAGAAAAUAUUUUAUUUUAAUCUUA